AUUAUUUUAAACGGGGAGACUUAAUUAAUUCAAAGCAUUUUCAAGCAAUAUGUAGUUAUUACCGUGAUCCAAUAUUGGAAGUACCUGAAAGAAUGCUUAACUAUUUAAAAGAAUCUUGUAAAAAAAUUAGAAAAAAAGUACAAGAUACUUUAGACAACAUUAAUAUUAAUAAAAAAAAACAUGCCAAAAACAAGCGUGCUCCAGUUAAUAUUACUUCAGAUGAAGAAGGCAAUAUUACUGAUUCAAAUCAAACCUCUCCAUUAAAUAAUAAUCAAACUUCCUCAUUAAAUAAUAAUCAACUAAUUCAUCAACAAUUAUUAAUAGCUCUUAUUUUUGCGAAUGUUCCAUUUACCUUUGUAGAAAAUGAAGAGGUUAAAAAAUUAUUCAAAAUGUUACAACCUUCAUAUACCUUACCAUCACGAAGAUGGAUUAGUACAGAAAUCUUAGAUAAUGUACAUAACGAAGUAGAGAUUGAAAUUCAAAAGUUUAUCGAUGAUUCUAAAUUUUUAACUUUGUCAGGAGAUGGAUGGACAAACGUUUCAAAAUGUAGUUUAGUUAAUUUUAUUUUUACAAAUGAAAAAUGGCAAACAAAGGCACGACGAAUGAUUGAUAAUGAUUCUGAAUUACAAGGAAAAAUUAUAACAAUACCUUGUAUAGCACAUCAAACUAAUUUAUUAGUUAAAAAAAUCAUCAAAUCCGAGCAAUUCGAAUCUGUAAUCUCAAAAAUGCUUCUUAUAAUUAAUCAUUUCCGUAAUUCAAAUCGGGCAUUAGCUAAACUAAGAAAGUUAGAAAAAAAUGAAAACUUAACUCCAAAAUAUCCUUGCAUUACUAGAUGGGCAACAUUUUCAAAAACCACAGAGACUCUUUUAUCAACUCGAAGUAGCAUGCGAAUUAUAGCUAUUACAGAUUCAGAUCUUUUAGCUAUUAAAGGAAAUAAUCGUAAUAAAAUAAUUAAUACGAUUGAAGAUACAAGUUUUUGGACAAAACUUGAUAAAUUUUUCCAUAUAUUAAAACCAUAUGACUAUAUAGUUAAAAUUUUGGAAUCUGAUAAAGUAACACUUGGGCAUAUUUCAGUAUGUUGGGCAUGGCUUAGAAAUAUUAUCGAUGAAUUACCUGAUGAUAGUAGUUUUUUAGACUUUAAAGACUUAAUGUUGGAUGAAAUUGAUAAUCGAUGGAAAAAAAUUUAUAAUCCAAUUUUCGUAAUUACGUGGUUCUUACAUCCAUACUAUUAUGGUAAAGGAAUAAGAGAGGAAAGACUUCUGCAAUUACAAGAAGAUGCAUAUAGCCUAUUUU